GGGAUGGUUUGGGUGUGGAAGAGGGGAGUGUGAGGGGUUUAAAAGGAAGUAUGGGGACCAGGAAGAAGCAGCUGAGCACCAGGAGCCCAAGGGCCGCCUCUGCUACAACAGGAUGGGUGCAAGGGGAACUCUGAUAGGCUUCGAAGUUCUGGUGUUGCUCCAGUGCUGUUUUGCAUACAAACUGGUCUGCUACUACACCAACUGGUCCCAGUACCGGGAGGGUGAUGGGAGCUGUUUCCCCGAUGCCAUCGAUCCCUUCCUCUGUACCCACAUCAUCUACAGUUUUGCCAACAUAAGCAACAAUGAGAUCGACACCCUGGAGUGGAAUGAUGUGACACUCUAUGGCCAACUGAACUCACUUAAAAAGAGGAACCCCAGCCUGAAGACCUUCCUGUCUGUUGGGGGAUGGAACUUUGGCUCUCAAAGAUUUUCCAGCAUAGCCUCCAGCACUGAGAAGCGCAAGACUUUCAUCAAGUCAGUGCCAAAGUUUCUGCGGGCCCAUGGCUUUGAUGGGCUAGACCUAGCCUGGAUGUACCCUGGACGAAGAGACAAGCAGCAUUUUACCACCUUGAUCAAGGAAAUGAAGGCUGAGUUUAUAAAGGAGACCCAGCCUGGAGAACAGCAGCUCCUGCUCAGCGCAGCGUUAUCUGCAGGGAAGGUCACCAUCGACGCAGGCUAUAACAUUGCCCAGAUAUCCCAACACCUGGAUUUCAUCAGCGUCCUGACCUAUGAUUUCCAUGGAGCCUGGCAAAAAACCACAGGACAUCACAGCCCCCUCUUCCGAGGCCCGCUGGAUGGCAGGGCCAAUGGAUUCAACAAUGUGGAGUACGCCGUGGGGUACAUGCUGUGGCAGGGCGCCCCAGCCAGCAAGCUAUUGAUGGGCAUCCCCACCUUCGGGAAGAGCUACACUUUGGCCUCUUCUGAGAAUGGUGUCGGAGCCCCAAUCUCGGGCCCAGGACUAGCGGGCCAGUUCACCAAGGAGGAAGGAACCCUCGCCUACUAUGAGAUCUGUGACUUCCUCAAUGGAGCCAUAGUCCAGAGAAUCCCCAGCCAGAAGGUCCCGUACGCUACCAAGGGCAACCAGUGGGUGGGGUAUGAUGACCCGGAAAGUGUCAAAAGCAAGGCCCAGUUCCUGAAAAGCAGGCAGCUGGCAGGUGCCAUCGUGUGGACCCUGGACUUGGACGACUUCCGGGGCACCUUCUGUGGCCAGAAUCUCCCCUUCCCCCUCACCAGCGCCAUCAAGGAUGUUCUUGCUGCGGCUUAGCCCUGACCUUCUGCACACAGCAAGUGCCAAGGACACCCUCACGCCUCUGACUCCAGCUGGCCCGGAACCUAAUCACUUGCUAAGUCCCUCUGCUGAGCCUCAGUUUCCCUCCCUUGGAACCUGUGCAGAGCACCACAGCACUGAGAUUGGAGCUCAAUCCUGUGGGCAGGAGGUAGUGUGGGACUCUGGGCUCAGUGAGCCUGGAGACCAGCCCAGUGUAAAAUACAGGAUUAAUUCACAUCUGCUGGUCCAUGGAAAUGCUCACAGACUCCAACCCCAGCGCAAGGAGAUCUCUGCAACUUCUUUACCCCACCCUCCUGAAAGGACAGCGUUUUGGCAGCCUUUGCCACCGAGUAGGCAAACAUCCUACAAGACACAGUGACCAAACUAAUCAUACCCUCUGCGAAGCCCGACUCAAAACCUUCACUUAGGAACAUAACCGUGUCUCCUGUCUCACUUCCCUUUCCUAAUUCCGCAGCUGCUCAAUAAAGCACGAGAGCUUGACA